AUGGGCGACUUGACAUCGGACAAGGCAUCGGCUCUUCCAAACGAAGGCGGAUGUGUCUCUGUCGCUCUGAGCCCUGAGUUCCUGGAUCCCAGAAUCUCACUUUCCGAAGCCCUUCGUCCUCAUCAACUUGAGCUGCUCUCGUUUGGGGACUUUUCGAUCUGCUCAAAAUUCCAAUCGCCUUUCACCUGGUCUCAGAGUCGCAAAGUCCUAGUCCUGUCCGCACCGUUCAUGGCCUCAACACUCGCAGCAUACUCCGCAGGGGCGUAUGCACUGGCCUCAAGCUCGUUGUUACAGCAAUUCUCCAUAACAGACACGCAAGUCAAUGCCGGAAUCACUAUAUUCGUUGCCGGCUUUGGCUUCACACCCAUGAUUCUGGCACCCGUCUCCGAAACCCACGGGCGCUACUGGGUCUAUGUCGGCUCCGGACUGGUCUUUCUCCUCGGUACACUGGGCUGUGCUCUUUCCAAGAGUUAUGUUGCUAUGAUGGUCUCGAGGUUUCUGACGGGCUGCGGUGCGGCUGUCUUUGCGACUCUUACCGGAGGCGUCGUCAGCGACUUGUAUCGAAAGGAGGAUCGCAACAUACCCAUGGCUAUGUACACACUUUCUAUCAUGAUUGGCACCGGCCUGGGGCCCUUGAUCAGUGGGACCGUGGUGGACCGUUUCGGGUGGAGAUGGAUCUUUUUCAUCCAACUCAUCGCUAUAGGAGUCACCACGGCGAGCCUACUUUUAUGCUUCGCCGAAACUUCAUCAACAUGUCUAUUGGGGAGAAAGUGUCAUGCUUUGAAUAAGAUGCAGCUUCAGACUACCUCCGGGGUUACACUCAAUUUCUUUCCAAAGGCAAGAAACAGUUCCUCGCUCGACAUCAGCAUCCUAUGGCGCUCUUUCGCCUUCCCUCUCAAACUUCUUAUCACCGAACCUGUUGUGUUUUUGUUUUCAGCUUGGGUCUCUUUCGCAUGGGCGAUCUUAUACAUGCAGUUCAGCAGCAUUGGAAUCGUCUUCAAGAGCGUUUACGAUUUUGAUAACGCUCAAGUUGGCGCGGUUUACACAGCUGUCAUCGUAGGUUCGUCGUUGAGUUUCCUCAUGGCAGCCUCCGAGGGUGCGAUCAUUCGACGAUUGACGCCACGCUACUCUACUCAAAGUACACCCGAGCAGCGCCUGCUCUCUCCUUGCAUACAAUCUGUUCUGCUGCCAAUUGGAUUGUUUUGGUUCAUGCUUAGCGCAAAGCCCGAGGCUCACUGGAUAUCGCCCGCUCUGGCGAUUGGAUCAUGCACGAUGGGGAUCUUUAGUAUCUAUCUCGCUGUCUUCAACUACCUAGCUGACACUUAUCAACGGUUUGCGUCCUCUGCGCUCGCUGCUCAGAGUAUGUGUCGCAACUUGUUGGCUGGGAUAUUCCCUCUGGUCACUCGACGGAUGCUCACCUCCCUGACAUUGGCGGGAACAGGAGGCUUGUUGGGUGGAUUGGGAUUGAUGCUGACCGCAAUUCCCUGGGUGCUGUAUUUCAGUGGACAUAGGAUUCGAGCUCGCAGUCUUUUUGCGAAGAACAUGCUAUGA